UUAGCGUUUGUUAUAGAAAAGUAUUUUAAAGAUAAAACAAACUACGAAGAAAUGUUCUAAAAAUUUGCCAACCGUAUAUAUUUUUUAAGCACUUUAAAAUAAAACAAAAUGAGUAACUUUGCUAACAAACGAAAAGUUGGAGCAGCAGCUGGUACCACAAAUGGGACUUCAAAUGGCCAGGCUAAAAAACCAAGAAAUUACGAUGACGAAGAUGAUGAUAUGGCUGGUGGCUUUGAGGUAGAUUUUAACAACGAUGACAUGGACAUGACCCAACUAAUGGGCGAUGGUCCAGAAAAUCAACAAACCUCUGUGAAAUGGUCUCGUGUGGAUCCACCUGAAUUGGAUUGUGAAACUGAUCCUUUGAUUUUUCAACAAAUAGAUAUUGAAAAUUAUUUAGGUGCCCCCUUGCCCGGCAUGCCGGGUGCACGUUUGGGUCCAGUGCCAAUUAUACGCAUGUAUGGCAUAACCAUGGAGGGCAAUUCAGUGUGUUGUCAUGUUCAUGGCUUUUGUCCGUAUUUCUAUUUGGCUGCUCCCAAAGGUUUUGAACAAAAACAUUGCUACGACUUGAGGGCUGCCUUGGAUAGAAAAGUUUUAGCGGAUAUGCGCGGCGGUAACAAAGACAAUGUGCAGGAGGCUGUUUUAAGUGUGGAAUUAAUAGAACGUUUAAAUAUUUAUGGUUAUCAGGGUGAUGAGAAACAAAGGUAUAUAAAAAUAACCCUGUCUAUGCCAAAGUUUGUGGCAGCAGCUUCCAGAUUGUUGAAAAAAGAAGUUAUUUAUAAUGAAUUUGAUUUUCAAGACUGCCGUACAUUUGAGAAUAACAUAGAUUUUGAUAUACGUUUCAUGGUGGACUGUGCAGUAGUGGGCUGUAAUUGGAUUGAAUUGCCGCCCGGAAGUUGGCGCAAAAGAGGUCGCAAUUCCAAACCAUUGCCCGAAAGUCGUUGCCAGUUGGAAGUAGAUGUGGCCUUUGAUAAAUUUAUAUCGCACGAACCCGAAGGUGAAUGGAGUAAAGUGGCUCCUUUUCGUAUUUUGUCUUUUGACAUUGAAUGCGCUGGACGCAAGGGCAUAUUUCCCGAGCCUAAAAUGGAUCCUGUUAUACAGAUCGCUAAUAUGGUAAUAAGACAAGGUGACCCGGAGCCAUUUAUACGCAAUGUAUUUACUUUGAAAGUCUGUGCGCCUAUAGUGGGCAGCCAGGUUUUAUGUUUCGAUACCGAAAAAGAACUACUAGAUAAAUGGUCCAGUUUUGUGCGUGAAGUGGAUCCAGACAUUUUAACGGGAUAUAAUAUAAAUAAUUUUGACAUUCCAUAUCUGCUAAAUAGAGCAGCCCAUUUAAAGGUUAAAAACUUUGAAUAUUUGGGUAGAAUUAAAAAUAUACGCUCUGUUAUAAAAGAACAGGUUUUGCAGUCCAAACAAAUGGGCCGUCGAGAAAAUAAGUAUGUCAAUUUUGAGGGUAGAGUGCCAUUUGAUUUACUUUUUGUCUUGCUGAGAGAUUACAAGUUAAGAUCUUAUACUUUGAAUGCAGUGAGUUACCAAUUUUUACAAGAACAAAAAGAUGAUGUUCAUCACAGCAUCAUCACUGAUUUGCAGAAUGGCGAUGAGCAAACACGCAGACGUUUAGCUAUGUAUUGCCUUAAGGAUGCAUAUCUGCCGCUGAGACUCCUCGAUAAACUUAUGUCAAUUGUGAAUUAUAUGGAAAUGGCCAGGGUUACUGGUGUUACCUUAGAAUCUCUGCUUACUAGAGGCCAACAGAUUAAAGUUUUGUCUCAAUUGCUGCGUAAAGCCAAAACAAAAGGUUUCAUUAUGCCUUCAUAUACAUCUCAAGGCUCGGAUGAACAGUAUGAGGGGGCCACAGUUAUUGAACCCAAACGUGGCUACUAUGCUGACCCCAUAUCAACUCUCGAUUUUGCUUCUCUAUAUCCCAGUAUAAUGAUGGCUCAUAAUCUAUGUUACACAACACUAUUACAACCGGGCAUGAAAGAUAAAUUGGGAUUGAGUGACAAUGAUUUCGAGAAAACACCCUCAAAUAAUACUUUUGUUAAAGCCUCGGUGCGCAGAGGUUUACUACCAGAAAUUUUGGAAUCUUUGCUGGGGGCUCGUAAACGUGCCAAAAAUGAUUUAAAAGUUGAAACAGAUCCCUUUAAACGUAAAGUUUUAGAUGGUCGUCAAUUAGCUUUGAAAAUCUCUGCCAAUUCUGUAUAUGGUUUUACCGGAGCCCAAGUAGGUAAGCUGCCUUGUUUGGAAAUUUCUGGAUCGGUAACCUCGUACGGGCGCACCAUGAUUGAACUGACUAAAAACGAAGUAGAAUCCCAUUAUACACGUGCCAAUGGCUAUGAAAAUGAUGCUGUGGUCAUUUAUGGUGAUACAGAUUCAGUAAUGGUAAAUUUCGGCGUUAAAUCCCUUGAGAAAAGUAUGGAAUUGGGAAAAGAAGCUGCUGAAUUGGUGUCGGCGAAAUUUGUUAGUCCAAUAAAACUCGAAUUCGAAAAGGUUUACUAUCCCUAUUUGCUAAUUAAUAAGAAAAGAUAUGCUGGCCUUUACUUUACAAGGCCAGAAACCUAUGACAAAAUGGAUUGUAAGGGAAUUGAGACAGUGCGUCGUGAUAACUCUCCUUUGGUAGCAAAUCUAAUGAACACUUGCUUGCAAAAACUACUCAUCGAAAGAAAUCCCGAUGGCGCUGUUGAAUAUGUUAAACAAGUUAUAUCCGAUUUGUUGUGUAAUCGCAUUGACAUUUCACAGUUGGUUAUAACAAAGGAAUUGGCCAAAACAGAUUAUGCUGCCAAACAGGCUCAUGUUGAGUUGGCGGCAAAAAUGAAGAAAAGAGAUCCUGGUACAGCGCCAAAAUUGGGAGAUCGUGUUCCCUAUGUUAUAUGUGCGGCAGCCAAAAAUACUCCAGCCUAUGCUAAAGCCGAAGAUCCAUUAUACGUGCUAGAGAACAGUGUACCCAUAGACGCAAAUUAUUAUUUGGAACAACAAUUAUCCAAGCCACUAUUAAGAAUAUUCGAACCAAUUUUAGGAGAUAAAGCUGAAUCCAUUUUAUUAAAGGGCGAACAUACACGUACACGCACUGUGGUGACCUCUAAAGUUGGCGGUCUGGCGGGUUUUAUGACGAAAAAAUCUUCCUGUUUGGGCUGUAAAACACUAAUGCCUAAAGGCUAUGAAAAUGAGCCAUUAUGUCCACACUGUGAACCUAAAAUAGGUGAAUUGUAUAUGAAAGAAGUGGUGGCCAAGCGACAGAUGGAAGAGAAAUUUUCACGUUUAUGGACGGAAUGCCAAAGAUGUCAGGGAUCAUUGCAUGAGGAAGUAUUAUGUUCCAAUCGUGAUUGUCCCAUAUUCUAUAUGAGACAAAAGAUACGCAUGGACUUGGAUACGCAGGAGAAGCGUGUAAGGCGUUUUGGUGCGCCUGAGUGGUGAAGGGUAUUGUAAAAUGCCUAGUUUAUAAGAAUGGAAGGAAUUCAAUGAUAUUUUUGUUAUUUUUUAACUGUGUGGACUUAUUAGUGCACAUCAAAAUAAAAUUAUAUGUUUAUUUAUCAUUUAAUGAAGUGCUUACAAUAAUUAAGAAA